GAAGCCAUGAGGGAAAAUAACCAGUCCUCUACACUUGAAUUCAUCCUCCUGGGAGUUACUGGUCAGCAGGAACAGGAAGAUUUCUUCUAUAUCCUCUUCCUGUUCAUUUACCCCAUCACAUUGAUUGGAAACCUGCUCAUCAUCCUAGCCAUUCGCUCCGAUGUUUGCCUUCACAACCCCAUGUAUUUUUUCCUUUCCAACCUCUCCUUGGUUGACAUCUUCUUCUCAUCUGUAACCAUCCCUAAGAUGCUGGCCAACCACCUCUUGGGCAGCAAAUCCAUCUCUUUUGAGGGGUGCCUAACGCAGAUGUAUUUCAUGAUAGCCUUGGGUAACACAGACAGCUAUAUUUUGGCUGCAAUGGCAUAUGAUCGAGCUGUGGCCAUCAGCCGCCCACUUCACUACACAGCGAUUAUGAGUCCCCGGUCUUGUGUCCUGCUAGUUGUUGGGUCUUGGGUGAUUGGGAAUGCCAAUGGCCUCCCCCACACUCUGCUCACAGCUAGUCUGUCCUUCUGUGGCAACCAGGAAGUGGCCAACUUCUACUGUGACAUUACCCCCUUGCUGAAGUUGUCCUGUUCUGACAUCCACUUUAAUGUGAAGAUGAUGUAUGUAGGGGUCGGUGUUUUCUCUGUGCCAUUGCUAUGCAUCAUUGUCUCCUAUGUUCGAGUCUUCUCCACAGUCUUCCAGGUUCCUUCCACCAAGGGCGUGCUCAAGGCCUUUUCCACCUGUGGUUCUCACCUCACGGUUGUCUCUUUGUAUUAUGGUACAGUCAUGGGCAUGUACUUCCGCCCUUUGACCAAUUAUAGCCUAAAAGAUGCAGUGAUCACUGUAAUGUACAUGGCAGUGACCCCAAUGUUAAAUCCUUUCAUCUACAGUCUGAGAAAUCGGGACAUGAAGGCGGCCCUGCGGAAACUCUUCAACAAGAGAAUCUCCUCGCAACCAAUGUGAGAGCCUACACUGGAUAGUGUAGUCAUCAAUAAGGGUAUAUUGGAA